AUGGCUUGCUUUGAACCUGGGAGUAGUGGAGGAUCAAAGCCAAUACAAGCCAAUGAUGCUACGAGGAAGCCACGGAUUCUACUUACUGCUACUGGAAGUGUAGCUGCCUUAAGGUUUGGUAACCUCUGCCAUAGUUUUUCUCGAUGGGCAGAAGUAAAAGCAGUUGCCACAGGAGGAGCUUUGCAUUUCCUUGAUAGAGCAUCACUUCCCAAUGAUGUAAUUCUUUACACUGAUGAGGAUGAGUGGUCCAAUUGGAACCAUAUGGGUGAUAGCGUGCUUCACAUCGAGCUUCGCCGUUGGGCUGAUAUCAUGGUUAUUGCUCCAUUAUCAGCAAACACACUAAGCAAGAUUGCUGAGGGAUUGUGUGACAAUCUACUCACCUGUGUUGUACAUGCAUGGGAUUACAGCAAGCCUUUCUUUGUUGCACCGGCCAUGAACACCUUAAUGUGGAGCAAUCCCUUCACAGAGCGACAUAUGAUGUCCAUUGAUGAACAAGGAAUUUCUCUCGUCCCACCAAUCAAUGGUGCAAUGGCUGAACCUUCCAUAAUCCACUUUACUGUAAGACUCUUUUAGUCACGAUUUCAACAACGUGACGUUAUUGCUUAG